CACGCAGCAUAGCCACCCCACUCUCCCCCACCACCGUCCACCCUCCUCACCCACCUUCCACCCCACCAACCCUACACCUCCUCUCCACACCCAUACCCUCAUCACUCAAUCACUCUCCCCUCUCAACCCCACAUACUUCCCCCCCCCUCCUCCUCCUCCUCCUCCACACACGCCACCCUCUCCGGUCUGAGCAACAACUACGUUCAUUGCCUUGCUGUCAUCCAGGUCCUGUUACUAGCGAAAAACGCGCGGGGGCAUCGAGUGAGAAGAAAAAAAAGCUAUUUCGCCGCCAUCCCAUCCAUCCUUCUCCUUGCGCACGUUGGACAGGCGUACAAAGGGGAUAGCUCGUUGGCUUACCGAAGGCUACAGCUUAUAGCUUGGUAAGAUGGAGAACAAGAAGCUCGAGUACCCGCCAGGACCGCGGCGUGCUUGUGAUGUUUGCAAGUCGAACAAGCGCAAGUGCGACUUUACCCUCCCGUGCUCGCGCUGUCUUCGCACCAAGCGGACUUGCACGUAUAACUUGCCCUUUGGUCGCAAGGCUAAUCAAGCUGCCAAGAAGCAGCGUCACUCCAGCUCCACCACCACUGGCAAAACCAGCUCCAACAAGAACAAGAACAGGAACAUGAACAACACCAUCAACUCGGUGCCAAGCAUCAGAAACUCGCCCAGCAUCAACCACCUCAAUCAUCACUCCUCCUCCUCCUUGGCUGCAACAGAGAUGCUCUCCUCUUCCAUCGCCACUCGUGGUCAUCAUCGUGUCCAUCAUCACCCCCACAACUUGUCCUCGCCCUCGGCCGCCGCUUACUCGGCCGUACCCUACUCGGCCGUCGCCUACUCGUCGUCGUCGGCGACGACAUCACCCACAGACCCCUCUCCGCCAUACAUCGCCCGCCAUCACCACCAUGCCCACCCAACGUCGGCGCCUUCGGUUUCCUCGGCUACCUCGGAGUCCUCCACCUCGGGCCCAACGCCAUCGGCUUCCUCGGCUGCCCGCUCCGCCUACCAUCCCGCCACCUCUAGCGGCCACCGCGCGAGCGUCUCCUACCGCGACGUGCCCAUGCCGUCCAUUCCCGACCUCGGCGUCUCCAUGCAGUACUUCUACCCGCCGUCCUCGGCGCCCACCAACUUUGCUGCCGUCCCGCACUCGGCACCUGCUGCCUUGCUCAAUGCCCAAAACUCGCUCGACGACCUCACCAUGAAUGCCUUAAUCUUCCCGGCAUCGUCCACGCUCAUGUCCUCUCGCUCGCAGCCGCACCUGUUGUCGUCGGCGACAUCUGCCGACGCCAUGCCCUCGUCGACGCCGGCAUCGGCCUCCUCGAACUCGCUCCUCGCCUCACGCGCCUUGCCGUCGACGCUGUGCCCCCUCGACGUUACCCCGUCGGCCAUGCUCGACUACGUCCCGCCCUCGCCCGAUUCAACCAUCAAGUCACUCCUCAACAUGAACUUCGGUGAUGCCCUCAACUCGCCGCCCUCCUCGGCAGGCUCGGCACAGCACGAUGCCCUGCCCGACAUCCUCCUCCCCUCCACGCUUCCGGUCUGCCCCGGUCCCUCACCUCAGCCAGGCCCUGUCCUCUCGCUCUCGCCGCAUACUUCGACCUCGGCCUCCUCCACUCCCGACGACCCGACUUCGCCCAUGUCGCCCAUCGUUCCGGGCGCCAAGCGCGCCCGCAGCGACGAUGACGGCAACAGCGGCAGCACUUGUGGCCCUGCCGCAACCGCCAACCCCAACAGUACCGGUGUGCCCGAGAGGGCCGGCGCGACAACGCUCGCUACCUAUGGCCCGCCCGUCAAGCGCGCUCGCGGCCUCGAUCCGCGCGCUCGCCCCCUCGCUACGGCCUCCACACCAACCCAAUCCUCGACUUUUCGCAGCUCGACGCGUCGCUGAUGCGCACCGGAAUUGACAUUUUCUUCAACUUUAUCAACAUGUUCAUCUCCCACAUCCCGUCGCGUGACCCGUUCGACGCCGCCAUCAACGGCCUCCUCUCUGGCACCAUAGACUUCCACUCGCUCUCGCCCGUUCUCCGCGGUCAGCUACUUGGCAUCGUUGCCAUCGGCGUCUCCUCGCUCGCACCCAACCUCGCAGACCGCCUCAUCGAGCAGACCCGCCCUCUCAUUGGCCAGCUCUACGACGUCGAGACCCAGGAAGUCGCCGGCUUCCACAUGCUCCUCUACAUCUUCUUUGUUGGCCGGACCAACGUCCGCGCUUCAUACCACCUCCGCGCCGCAGACACCCUCCUCACCAAGCUCCGCAACCGCGCUCGUGCCUCGUGUCUCCUCCUGGCCGCCCCGGACCAGGUCGCCCCGCAGGCCUUCUCCCAGCCGCCGCCCUCAGGAGAGGAAGUGUGGACGCCAUCGACUCGCUCCAUCUUCUACCGCGUCUACGCCCACUACGAGCUCCCGCUCAUCGCCGCAACACGCGACUUUCCGCUCCCGCUCGAUCCGGCCGACGACUUUACCGACGACGACAUCCGCACCGCAUGCCUACCGCACAACCACACAGGCCCGCUACCGUCCUACAUUCCGCUCAAUGCCGCCGUCGUCUCAAAACUCGUCGCCCCCGUCCGCAACGCCGUCCUCGCCGCCGCAGAAGCAAGCAUCGCCCGCCCGCCACAGCUCCCGCGUCUCGACGCCAUCCUCAUGCUCAUCUGCCAGUACCUCGUCGACCCGUCCAUCACCGUCCUCGACUCGUGGACCCGCGACCAGGGCAUCGACUCGCUGCAGCGCUGCCUCAUGACCAUGCUCGCAACAUGCUCCCGCUCCGCCGUCGCUCGGCCGUCCGACCCCUCGCCCGAGCAGACUGCCCGCGAUGAAGCCACCCGCUCGCGUCUCACUGCCGCAGCCCUCCGCAUGGUCCGCAUCCAGCGCCUUGCUGUCGAAGACGCACGUACCCUCCCACCCGAGCAGACCGCCUAUGGUGCCUUUACGGCCCUCAAGGUCGCCGUCGCAGCCGUGUGCGUCAUCAUGUGCACCUACAUCUCGGGCGAGCUCAAGCUCUCGCACACGGUCGCCUCGGCCGCCCUCGAGCUCCUCCUCCUCACAGACCCGUCGGCCUUCCAGAUGGCGCCCUACGCCUUCCUCUUCCCGCUCUCCGCCGCCGCCUUCAUCCUCCAGGUCACCGGCGACAAGGCCCGCCGCGCGUCAUGCAUCCGCCUCAUCACGGAGUACUCGCCGCCCUCAAACCUCAACGUUGGCGUCCUCCCUGCUCUCCGAGUGGUCUUUGCCGCAAUCCUGGAGGCCGAGAACGAGCCCGCCCAGGACAACCCGCCCGUCGUCACCCUGCCGCGCUGUGUCUCUUCAGCCUCCCGCGUCCCCUCCAUCCCAGAUCCCACCCCGCCGGCUGGCCCCGCCGCGCCUCAGCAGCGACCCGUCCACCGCCACCGCCGCCCGCCCGCCCCAGAGCUCGACAAGCUCUCUUCCUCGAUGAACACCUCGUUCAUCGACACCCUCCGCGCAGCAGGCCCGCCACGCCACGCCUCUCACUCUCACUCGACCGCCGCGCCUUCGUCUAUCUGGAACCAAUGACCCGCGCAGCCAUCCGCAGCAUCACGUACGAGUCGUCCUCGUCAACGUCACAAUCAGAGCAUCUAAACACACGUGUUAAUCGUCCCCUUGCUCUACGACCCGAGCUCCUUCUUCCGCGCAGCCAUUCGCCGCUGCCAGAUCUUCUUGCGCUUCCGCUCAAGCUCCUCCUCCCGCGCCGCCUUGGCCUUUGCCCGCAGCCGCUC